AUGGACCCACUGAGUAUUAGCGUGGGUAUUCUUGCCAUCAUCACGGCAACCGUCCAAACUAGUCGGGCACUCUACGCUACUCUCCAGACGCUACAGGAUCACCCGCGGGCGAUCCGGCUGCUCGUCGAGGAGCUGAGGGGCCUCAACGAUGUCCUUACUUCGCUCGAAGCCCUUGCGGCCUCGGACACAGAGGCCCUCCAGCCGCUCAGGCUGCCACUAGAGCAGUGCUGUAAAGCUUGCACAAGUUUUCAGAUUUUGCUUUUGGAAUGUACAAGGCAUUCUGGUGGUUCGAAAAUAAGCUUCAGGGACUGGGCGAAGCUGCAGUACAUGGGCAACGACGUGUCCGGGUUCACAUCAGCCAUCGCAAGCUAUAAAUCAACGAUAUGUAUCGCGCUGGCAGAUGCAAACUUGCGCUCGAGCACCGUUACACUGCAGGUCCUCAACGACUACAAGACAAUGAUACACGAUACUACCAGGGACCUCGAAGACCGGCUGGAGCAGAUCAAUGCCAGGCUACAAUCGCUCGCACCAGUCAAGGCACAACGUAUAGCUGUCGAUGACUCAAUGGUCCAGAGUCUCCAGCGGGAACAGGAGAGCACCGCAAAGUGCUUGGAGAUCUGCACAGACGUACUGAAGAACAUCACCGGCAUGAGAUUUCAGCCCAUCUCGUCUGAGGCUUUAUCAACAACAACGACAGCCUGGCUGUCACCCGAGGCCUUGACACGAGCAGAUACCAUUACGCUCUCAACACUGAAAGAAUGCAGUGAGAAGCUUAAAGACACCAUAAGGACCUUGCAAGUCCAUGGCGAUGAAGCUCAAACUCGAUUGAGGGGGACGUUUUCUUCGUCGUCAACAGCAGCCGUAGUCGAGACAGACUUUGUCCCCGAGUCAGAUGGACUCGGAUCUGAACUCGAGAGCACAAAGCAGUGUCUCGCAAUAUGCAACGUAGCAUCGCACACAGUAUCAUCAGGAGCGGUUCAUGUGUUGGAAGAUGUUGACAUAGGGGUUGACGGGCAGCAAAUGCUCAUCGCAUCGCUGGGCGAGCUCUUCAACGUCAAGAGGGUCACGAUCGGCGAACGCGGUACCCAAAUCGUUGGGACGUUCACACCAAAUGCGCUCGAGGACCUCGUUAAAAACCAAAGAAGAAAUCAAUCACCCUGA